AUGGAAAAGGUCAAGGAUAAGGUUUCCCAGAUGGCCGAUAAGAUCACCGGCAAGCCACACGAUCCCCUUCAACCCCACGUCUACCACGACUCGAACCAGCCCGGCCCUGGAUUCCAUGGAGCCAACCAGCCCCCAACCAACACUGGCAACGCCACCAACCCCGCGGGCACUUACAAUGCUGGUCAGCAGCAACCCAUCAAUCCUCUAAACACCCAGGAUCGUCAACAACAAAACUAUAACAACCAGCCGAGGACCAUGCCUAUGCAUACCGGCGCUGCAGCUGCUGGUUCUGCCGUCCCCCACGGAAACACGGUCGAUCGUGCCGCUUACCAGGACACGCUUGGCGGUCACCAAGGUGUUGCCGGCAAUGUCGCACCCGCUGUCCCACCCAGAGACGACAACAAAGCCCACCAUGGUAUUUUCGGCCAUAAGGACAAGCACCAAACCACGGCCACGGCCCCUGGCGGCGCUUACGCCACAGACCCCAACCUGGUCCAUCCCUCCGUCAUCCCUCACCAGCAGACGACCGCCGGCGGUCUUCAGAACCCAGCAGUCGCAGGCCCAACGGGUACGAGCCACGUCCCAACCUACAACCAGAACAUCCCCCCAACCGCCACCUCUGCUGAGCAGGUCAACCCUUCCGCUGGUGGUGGAGGUCUGAUGGGAAACCACCAGGAUCGCCAUUACCAAACCCAUGUCCAGAGCACCAUGGCUGGCCCCGGCGCCACUACUACCGCAGCUGGCACACAGAUCCCAUCCACGAACACCAGCAAUAACCCCGUCCCUAUGAACCAGGGCGCCCCCGUCUACAACAACAAUGCUGCUGCUCCUGGAGGAAAUCUUCCUCAGACAGUCCCUGCCAUGGGCGCCCCUGGUACCACCACUGCUGCUGGCACCCACAUGCCCAACCAAUAUGGCGCUUAA